CACGUCCGCAGCCCGAGGCCGCCGCCGCCAACGCACACAGUUUCCUGCCUUUGCAGCCUGAGGAGAUCCUCCGGAGCCCGCGUCUGCCUCUGCCGCCCAGCCCGCCGCGGCCCUCCUGCGUGUGCGCGCUCUGUCGGCCCGGCCCCAGCCGCAGGCGCCGGCCCGCGACCCCGGCGGAGAUCAUGAAUCAGGCAGAUAAAAAUCAAGAAAUCCCAUCAUACCUUAGUGAUGAGCCGCCAGAAGGUUCAAUGAAAGAUCACCCACAGCAGCAACCAGGCAUGUUGUCCCGUGUGACUGGAGGUAUCUUCAGUGUUACAAAGGGAGCUGUUGGUGCCACCAUUGGUGGUGUGGCUUGGAUUGGUGGAAAGAGUCUGGAGGUGACCAAAACAGCUGUUACAACUGUGCCUUCCAUGGGAAUAGGGCUGGUGAAAGGGGGUGUGUCUGCGGUGGCUGGAGGUGUUACAGCUGUUGGGUCCGCUGUUGUAAACAAAGUGCCCUUAACAGGAAAGAAGAAAGACAAGUCUGACUAAAAUAAGGAGAAACACGUACUCUCCACAGCAUUAUGAUGCCAGUGGCAUUGAAUUGCUAAAUUGUGGACUACAACCAGGUCACUUGUUUUGGACAUUUAUCUUCUUAACUGCUGUGUUGAAAGUAUUGAUGACUGGCUUUCGUCUAAAAAGAAGAGACCAAUACUAGCACAGUAUAUGAAGGUUUCUCAUACUUAAGUUCCAGCUUUCUAUCUGGUAAAAUGUUACGCUCACUCAGUUGUAACUGAAGAUAUGGUAUGUUUGAAUAUUUACUAUAAGUCUUUCAGUUUGACUCAAAAUGUGAAAGUUGAAUUUAGUAGAUGAUCUUUCCAGUUCCAUAUGUACAAUGUGCCAGGUAACUCAUCUGCCCCUUAAGAAGGGAGUCUUGAACUACAUAAACUGUACCUUUGAUGUGCCUAAUAGUUUCAGAUGUCUUAGUUUUUUAUAAUCAUAGUUGAUAAGGCCAAGAGGCAUUCUUUUCUUAUUUAUGCUGGCAAAUUAGCAGGAAUUAGAGAAGUUUAAAAGAAAACAUAAAUGGUUUUAUGAUGCUGUUAGCCAUCUUUUGUUAGAUAAUGCAUUUUAUUCAUUUAAUCAUUGAUGCCUUACAAAAGAACACGUGUUUUCUAACACCCUAGAUGUGUGCGGUUCAUACUCUUUAUGGAUUCUUUUAAAGGUUUGUGGUGAACUUAGAAUCUCAGAAUUAGAGAAGCUAUUUUUUGCAGUCAGGUGGGUAAGAUAGUGCUUGUUAACUGUCUUGUUGGUAGUUAAAAUCAAGUUGUGUGCUUUUGCCUGCACUCAUGCUCCACCAUUAAUACACUUCACAAUGCCUAAGGAGCAUUUUGUUAUUGAUUAGGAGCUGUGUUGGAAGUGUUUCAUAUUAAUAAGAAAUAGGCAAUUGAAGAGCUAUUUAAAGCAUUCAAAAUAAAGUCUCCUUCACAACUAUUCUAUUCUUAGACAGUCUUAAAUUAUUAGCAGUAUCCCUUUUUAAAAACAAUCACAGAUAAAUGAGGACUUUCAAAUGGAUUGAAAUGGGCUCUAUACAUUCACAGCAUGUAAAUGUAAAGAAUAUUUAAUGUGAAUGUAAAGAAUAUUUAAGUGCUCUCAGUGGUUUAUACAGGCUUUGAAAAUGUUAUCUUACAGUCUUUCAAAGCAGCUGUACUUUGUAUCAGUUCUCAAACCAAUUUCAGGUAGGGAAUUGAAGUUUCUGAUUAUGGAUGGUAAAUAUGUCGUAUCUUAUAAACGUGUUUCAUUCAUUUGCAAAGGUAUGAACUAGGUGGAAUUGAUUUUGUUGUUUCAUGUUUAGUUUCUAAAAAUAUAACAACUGGCGUACAUAUAUUUGGCAUUCCUUUUAACUAAAGGUUACAAUCCAAAUGUGGAAGAUCUUAAUUUUCCUUAUACUUAAAUUGGGAAAUUUGUCUCCAUUCUGCUGACUUGGGGUGGUGGGUGAAACCCAUUGGUAAAUAAAACAGUGUCCCUGAGAACUUCAAACAGAUUACUCCUGACAACUGAGGCUCAACUGUAUGUAAACUACUAAGAGUAUUACAUUAAUAAUAUGGAUCAGCAGAUGAAUGAGAAUGUAACAACUUUUAAAGGUAUUUAUAAAUACCAGCAGGGAUUUUAAGCAAAUCUACAAAUGUUCUUCUACAACAUACAAAAUUUGAAAGUCAUUAGUAAGUUCAACUCAUCAGGAAUUAAGUGGUCAUUUAUUUCAAGUAAUGAGAUUUAAGGUGUGUUUGGUAUGUGUUGUUGUAUAUCCUUAUUAGCAAAGAGGAUUUAAAAAAAUGCAAAAUUAAUAGAUGAACACUAAGUGAUCUAAAUAAUGGUCUUGGAGAACUUGUUUCCUGCUAUUUGGACGAAAUUACUAUUUCAUUGCUAGAUAAUAUUUCUAGUCUAUCUUCUUUAGUCAUGGGCUCUGCUGUGCUUUGUAUCUGAAUUUUUAAGUAUAGACUUUAGCUUACUGUCUUUUUGCAUAUUUAUUUUCAACUUCACUUGUCUUUAAUAUUGCUUGAGGAAAAAUGGUUGUAAUUAAAUUUCUGCUACAGAAAAGCCACCUGGUACAUUUAGUCUCAUCAAGAUUGCUUUCAAUUCAAAAGUGUAACUUUGUUCACAGGGGCUUUUGCAAUGACAGCAGAGAACUGUGCAAAUGUACACUUGGUUAAUAGAGAUUCUUAUUGAAACGAACUUGCCAUUUGAUAUGUAUAGCUGUUUGAGACUUUUUAGUUUAUUUACAUAGACUAGCAGUUUGACCUGUUAAACAGGACUAGUUGACUUCAAGAAACUUAAGGUUGUUGUGUACACUUGGAGGCAUCUGUUAUUAAACUUGUCUUUUGAGUGGGUAUUUGACACAAUAAGGAUAAAGUUGUGUGCCCACUUGAAUGACUGAUCUAAUUAUGUUGAUAUUAUGAAUACUGUUCUUAGUGAAAUGUCAGAUGAAAAUAACUGAAUAAAUUUUUUGUAUUAAAGGGAUGGGAAAAGAACACAUGAAUCUGUGAAUAAAAGCACUAUGAUCUGCAAAAUAUGGAAUGUUUCAUAAAGAAAUAAAGGAUAUUUUAAUAUAGGGUCAUCUUAAAAAUUUUACAUAGUUCAGAAAAUGCUAUGGCCAAUUAAAUUUUGUGAUAGUACUGUACAAACAUGUAUUCUCAAAUAUGCAUUUUUAUACCAACACAACAGUAAAAUACAAAUAUAUUUCAAACACCUCUAAUAAAAAUUCACCAUGCAGAUUUCUAGGUUUUACCCCACCUUACUGAAUCUCUGCAGGAUGGGGCCCUGGGCCGCACUUUAAAUCUCUUCAGGUUAUUCUUGUGCUCACUAAAGUUUGAAAACUAAGCAGGAGUUACAAAGUAAGAAGCACUGCUCUCUAUUCUGUGUAGCUGUGGAACCAUCUCAGGCCUCUGACUGAACAGAAAUGACAGAAACAGGGAGGAGGGCAAAACGUGCCUAUUUACUGAGCACCUGCCUAUCUGCCAGAUGCCGUCCAUACAUCACCCAGUGAAAUCAGUUUGAAGUGCAUACGAAGGAAGUGUCUCACUUCCUUUUUACAGAUAAAGAACAGGCUAACUUUCCAUGUAAGCUGAAUUUCUUUGAAUCAGUGUUAAGUUAUGACUUGUCCAGCUGAUGUUGAAAAAUGGAAAGGUGGCUUUAUUCUGUGUUGAAUAAAGUAAUCAUUGACUUACCAGGCUGUCAGACUUGAGGCGCACUGGAAGUCUUCGAAGAGAUCAUACGUACUUUGGUGGUUAAUUACAGUUUGCUAAAGAAGUGAAUUUAGUGUUAUUGUACAUAAAUUGCCUGAUGAAAUUUAAUUUUGUUAGAACCUUUCUGCACAAAGGAAAUAAAAUUUGAUUCCAGUGUUUUAUGUAAGGAUAUUUCUCCCAGCUAUGUUACUGAUU